GCUCAGGGGGGCUGAUCACAAGCUCUGCUCUGGGGCAGACCCCACUCUGCCCCCACUGCCCAGAGAAGGAUGGAAGGAUCCAAGGAGGCUUGGACUGAGAUCGACAGCCCCGGCCCCAGCCACUGCCCUCUGCCAGUUCAAAGUCACCUUUGCUCUAACUCUCAGCUGGCCAGCAAGAGCCAGCCCAGCCUCCCUCCCGCUCAGGCUCAGCCCGCAGGAUCCAGGAACCGGUCCCUAUUGGGCAAUCAUUAAUCGGAUUCCUUGCAUUCCUCAGCCCCAGGUCAGCUUGAGAAGCAUGCUCUCCAGAGGAGCAGAGCCCCAGGCCUGGCAUUUGGACAUGCAGCUGACUGGCAAGGUGGUGUUGACCGCAGCCGCUCUGCUCCUGGUGACCGCAGCCUAUAGACUGUACAGGUCCAGGCCUGCCCGGGCCCCGCUGCGGGGCGGGGACACCCAGACAGAAGCCAAGCAGGAAGCAGAGGGUUCAGGGCAGCCCGCCAUCCCGGGGGCUUCUCCUGGGGCACUGCACGGGAGGCCGAGACGCCGCCGGAGAGCCAGCAGGGAGACCGAAGCACCCCUGGGCUGCAGCUGGGAGAAUCCAGGAAGUCCCUGCAUCCUGACAGUGGGAGCCACUUCCAGAGACGAGAAAUCCGAGAGAAAAGGCCCUGGCAAGGAGCCAGGCAGUCAGGGCCUGGACUCUGAGUGGGUGCUUCCUCGCUGCCACAGCCAGCAUGCCCGAACAGCUGUUGGUGGUAAGCUCGAUCCUCCCCAGAACCCCCAUUUGGGCAGUGAACCCCAGUGCUCCCUAACUGGACUUGCUGCAAGUGCAGACAGCAGCUGUGUGUGGGGUGAUCCUGUUCCAUGGCCAGACGAGGGACCCCCAGAGCAGCCGGGACCGGGGGAGCUGGAAUCCCCCCUCCGGCACUGCAUGGUCCCCACAGAGGGCAGCAGUGACAUGAACCAGAGCUGGGUCUUCACCCACAUGACCGGGGUAAGCAGGGAAGAGGUUGGGGCUCUCCAGGCUGCCUCCGACAUGGGCCUGGCCCUGCACCAGCACGAGGGAGCCACUGACGCCUCCUACACCUUCUCAUCAGUGGCCCGGGUUCAAAUGGAGGAGAAUUUCAUACAGAAGGUGGAAGGGAGUGGGCCCAGGCUGAAAGGUAAGGUGUAUGAUUAUUUUGUGGAAUCCACCUCUCAAGCUAUCUCCAGGGGAAGGGUGACCCCCAGGACAGCAACCCUGGCUGAGGGUCCAUCCCCUGGUUCCCUGCCAGGGUCCCGGGGAACAGGGGCAACCUCUGGAAGCCAUGCCAAUGAAACAGAAGGUGGAGUUGAAACUGCCACCUGCCCCCAGCGGGUGCUGCCACCCUUCCCACCAGGNNGCAGCAGGAAGGAGAGCCUCCUGCAGAUCGCAGAGAACCCGGAGCUCCAGCUCCAGCUCGCUGGCUUUCAGACUCCAGCUCCACCCAGCCCAGACCAGGGUGCCCUGCCUGGCUCUGCCAGAGACAGCAGGGAGCCCCGCUUACAGCUCGUGGCCAGGACCAAUUUCUUCCAUGUGCCACUCACCCCUGGCGCAGCCCUGGGGACCCACUUGGAUCUGGGCAAUUGCUAUGAGGUGCUGACCUUGGCCAAGAGGCAGAACCUGGAGACCCUGAAGGAGGCAGCCUACAAGGUGAUGAGCGACAACUACCUCCAGGUGCUGCGCAGCCCCGACAUCUACGGGUGCCUGAGCGGGGCUGAGCGGGAACUCAUCCUCCAGCGACGGCUCCGGGGCCGCAAGUACCUGGUGGUGGCCGACGUGUGCCCCCAGGAAGACUCUGGCCGCCUCUGUUGCUAUGACAGCGAGCGUGAUGCCUGGCACCCCCUGGCUCAACUACCCCCCGAGGCUGUGUCCCGGGGCUGCGCCGUCUGCAGCCUCUUCAAUUAUCUCUUCGUGGUGUCCGGCUGCCAUGGGCCUGCAGGCCAGCCCUCCAAUCGCGUCUUCUGCUACAACCCACCAACAGGAAUCUGGAGCGAGGUGUGCCCGCUCAACCAGGCCCGGCCGCACUGCCGGCUGGUGGCCUUGGACGGGCACCUGUACGCCAUCGGGGGUGAGUGUCUGCACACGGUGGAGCGUUACGACCCUCGCCUGGACCGCUGGGACUUUGCCCCGCCGCUCCCCAAUGACACGUUCGCCCUGGCACACACAGCCACAGCGUGUGCCAGUGAGAUCUUCGUCACGGGGGGCACGCUGCGCUACCUGCUGCUCCGCUUCUCCGCCCAGGAGCAGCGCUGGUGGGCGGGCCCCACAGGGGGCAGCAAAGACCGCACGGCCGAGAUGGUGGCGGUCAACGGCUUUCUUUACCGCUUCGACCUCAACCGCAGCCUGGGCAUCGGAGUGUACCGCUGCAGCGCCAGUGCCCGGCUCUGGUAUGAGUGCGCCACGUACCGGACGCCGUACCCGGACGCCUUCCAGUGCGCGGCGGUGGACAACGUCAUCUACUGCGUGGGGCGCCAGCGCAUGCUCAGCUUCCUGGCCGACUACAUCUCGCCCAGGUUUGUGCCUGAUGAGCUGCAGAGCUUCCCGUCCCCACAAGGGACUCUCCUGCCCACGGUCCUGACCUUGCCAACCCCCGAUGUGCCUCAGACCAGGGUCUAGCAGCCUCUCGGCUGGGCUCGCCUUGCAAACUGGGAAGCGAAGCGCAUUACCCCUGCCCAUCACUCCGUGGGCCACUCCGGGGUGUCCAGGCAGCCUAGGAAUUUGUCCAUCAAGAGCCAAAUUGCAGUCUUACCUCCCCUCCUGGCCAGGAGGGUCUUAGCAGAGUCUUCAGCCUCGCCACUGCCGAAAAUAGAGCUAGGGGCCUGUGUUCCAGGCAGAAGACAUCCACGGAGGUCUUCAGGGAUGACCACCACAUUGCUUCCAAUCUGAAUCUUGAAGGGGGAAGGCACAGGGGGAUCCCACCAAAGCUCAUAGCCUUAACGUGACCCUAGUUCCAGAUGCCAGCUGGGCCCUCUAAAGAUGGGCCAGUUCUGUCUGAGCCCUGAGUGCCCCUAGACAUUGAGCACUGGGCCCUACCCCAAGGUGCGCAGAAGCCUCUGGUAUACACAGGUGGGAAAAAUCAAGGGAAGUGGUUCUGGCAGGACCAGGAAUGAGCCUGGCAGCCCAGGGGCCAGCCCCAGGGAGAGGGAGUUUGAGAAGUAGAACAGCUAAAAUUGGAGCAUCCCGCGGGCACUCUUGCUUGUGGGGUAAAUUUACCAAGGCCCACUUUGCCUUUUCUCAUUACCUAGAGAGGAGGAGGGACGUCCAUUUAGCAAGCCAUGUUCUUCUAGCAAGCUACUAAGAACACAACUGGUUCUACGUACGAGGGCUCAGGACGUGAUCCAGAGGCCACCCUCCUCCAAGGCCCCUGUCAUGUCCUUUGCUACCUGAUCACU